CAGACUGUUUAUAAACCAGAGCUAGCUCAGACAGACAUCAGGCUAAAUGAGAGAUAUUCUGUUAAUGAACACUUUAUUCAGUCAUCUGCUGAUCACCUGAUGAUAUAAACAACAGUUGCGCGUUUCCGCUCUGUGUGCUCUGACCGCCGAGCUGCUCCUUUCUACCACCACAGACACUUUGUUGCUAAGACUUGGUUAGCAUUAGCUAGCGCCAGUUGAGCUACAUGCUAAUGUCAUUUAACCGCUGCAGACUCAGGUGAGCAGGUGAAGCAGGUGGAGCAGGUGAGGGGAGGUGAAGUAGUUUAAUUCGCUCCGUCUGCUGCGGUUUUAUCGAUCAGUGAGGAGUGAACCGUCCAAAGGGCAAUGUUAGCAGGGAUUGUCAGGUCAGCUCUCACCACAUACAGCAGGUCCUGGCUGCCCAGUCAGGCUGUGGUCAGAGCCAUGUCGUCCUCCUCUCCGUACACCUCCCUGGCCAUCAGUCACCCUGCAGACUCCAUCACACAUGUGGAGCUGAACCGGCCAGAGAAACGCAAUGCCAUGAACAAAGCUUUCUGGAGUGAGAUGGUGGAUUGCUUUAAUGCCAUCGCUGAGGACCCGGACUGCAGAGUGGUGGUGGUGUCUGGAGCUGGGAGGAUGUUCACAGCUGGUAUUGACCUAAUGGACAUGGCCAGCAACCUUCUCCAGCCAGAGGGGGACGACACGGCCAGAAUUGCAUGGAACUUAAGAAAAUUUAUCGUCAAGUAUCAAGAGACGUUCUCCGUCAUAGAGAAGUGUCCAAAGCCUGUGGUGGUGGCCGUCCACGGAGCCUGUGUUGGUGGAGGUGUUGAUCUGAUCACAGCCUGUGACAUCCGUCUGUGCACUCAGGACGCCUGGUUCCAGGUGAAGGAAGUUGACAUUGGACUCGCAGCAGAUGUUGGAACUCUCCAAAGACUUCCAAAAGUCAUCGGCAGCCGAAGCCUGGUGAACGAGUUGGCUCUGACUGCCAGGAAGAUGUUUGCUGAUGAAGCAAAGACUAGCGGACUGGUCAGUCGAGUGUUUGAAGAUAAGGACACCAUGAUGGCUGCAGCUCUGGAGAUGGCCGGGGAGAUUGCUGGUCGCAGCCCUGUAGCCGUGCAGGGCACCAAAGUCAACCUGGUCUAUUCCAGAGACCACAGUGUGGCAGAGGGACUGGACUACAUGGCGAACUGGAAUAUGAGCAUGAUUCAGACUCAAGAUGUGAUGAAGUCAGCGCAGGCCUCCAUGGAGAAGAAGAGUCCCAAGACGAUCCCUUUCUCCAAACUCUGAGCAUCACUGAGGUCAAGUUCAGAAAUGCAAGACAGUGUGGCCUUUAAAACUAACAGAUCUACUUCAUGGAUGUUUUCUUAUUAAAAAAAACUCAUCAGAAAGUUGGCGUUGACUGUGAUUUUUAAAAUCCAAAGUAACAAGUUAAAAUAAGCAACAGAAGUGCAAAAAGUAGACUUAAAUAACUUAAAGCUUUAUUGAUAAAA